CAACGUUGUUUUAUGACGGACGACAUUAACUGACGGACGGGCUGUAAUUUGCUUUUUUUCAGAUGAUGCUCAACUAUUCUUGGUGUAUAAAUAAAUAAGAUCGUCUGGCUAUAGACGGAGUAACUGGAAAUCAAUAGACACAUGCUUUUUAUACACCGCUUGAUGUGACGCUAAAAUUAAUGUAUGUAUCACAUGCAGGCCAAUUACUUAUACUUACAGGAGAUUUCCGACUGUCACCAACAGUCUGUAAGACUUAUUUUGUGCUGAAGAAUUAACUAGAUCGGUUAUUGGCCAAACAAGACGUUUUCUAUGGCACAGGUUAGUGAGACGAUAGACGUGGUGGAUGAUGACGGCUUUUCAAUGACUGUGUCUGGCUCGGAGGAGCUCGUCCAAACCGUGGAAACCACUCUGAGGAGCCUCACUGAGGAAGAGCUGGAGAAACUGAAGAAUGAUGGCAGCUUGGUGUCGGAAUUUAAGCAACAAAAGCUGGAAAAAGAAGCUCAGAAAAACUGGGACCUGUUUUACAAAAGAAACACUAUUAAUUUUUUCAAAGACAGACACUGGACCACCAGAGAGUUUGAAGAACUAAGGGGAUGCCGAGAGUCUCAGAACCAGAAGCUGGUUUUGCUGGAAGCUGGAUGCGGGGUGGGGAACUGUAUAUUCCCACUUCUGGAGGAGGAAGGCAACAUUUUUGUGUACGCCUGUGAUUUUUCACCGCGAGCAGUCGACUUUGUGAAAAAAAACCCUCUGUACCAUGAGGAAUGCUGCAAGGCCUUUCAGUGUGACCUCACCAAAGACGACCUGGCAGCCAGCAUCCCUGAGGGAAGCGUGGAUGUGGCGACUCUUAUAUUUGUACUGUCUGCCAUCCACCCAGAGAAGAUGCUUUUGGCCCUGGGGAACAUCUUCAAGGUGCUGAAACCAGGCGGCGUGGUCCUGUUCAGAGACUAUGGCCUAUAUGACCACGCCAUGCUCCGGUUCAAACCGGGGAACAAGCUGGGGGAGAAUUUCUAUGUGCGGCAAGAUGGAACACGGUCCUUUUUUUUCUCCAAAGAGCGGUUGGCCGAGCUGUUCGCUGGUGCUGGGUUCCUCACCUCUGCGAAUGAGUAUGUGCUGCGAGAGACUGUGAAUAAGAAGGAGGGCCUGUGUGUGCCUCGAGUUUUCCUGCAGAGCAAGUUCUGGAAGCCAAACCGAUGACCAAUGAGCAUCUGGAACUUGAGAGGGUCACAGAGACUCCGCCCUGUCGGCCUUCCCCAUGUGGAAUCAUUUAUUUGACUGUAACAGUGGAAAUAAAUGAGUUUACUCACCAGUUUUGCCCCAAACCAUAAAGCAAAUGAAAACUUCUUUCUUCUUUCAUUUUACAAGUCAGAAUAUUUUAAGAAUUAAAAUGCUGCAAAUUGUUCUAUAAAUGAAAUGUUUUAAACUUUUUGUUUACUGUUUUUCAAAUAAACAAUUGAAUUUUGAAAA